AUGUCGUCCGCCCUCGAAGCCAAAAUCGUCAUCCUCGGCUCCCAAGGUGUAGGCAAAACCUCCCUCGUAACCCGGUACUGCAAAGGCGCCUUCGACCCAGCCAAAACAACCUCCACCGUCGGGGCAUCGUUCAUGACGAAGAGGGUAGUAGACACAGACACCGACACCCUCGUCCGUCUGCAAAUAUGGGACACCGCCGGCCAAGAACGCUUCCGCUCCAUCUCCCGCCUCUACUACCGCGGCGCAAACGCCUGCAUCCUCUGCUACUCUAUAACCGACUCAUCCUCCUUCCACGAAAUGUCCCUCUGGCUCACCGAGCUCCGCCGCAACUUACCUUCUGAUAUCAUUCUCCACGUGGUCGGGACAAAGGCGGAUAUUGUCGCGAAGGACCCUUCGAAGAGACAGGUUCCGUUUGAGAGGUGUAUCGCCUAUGUGGCGGAGAAUCUCGCUCCCGGAAGAGGAUCAACCCCCCCUCCGUCCGCCACCCUCCCCUUACCCUUUGCACCGUCUUCUUCUGAACCAGCGGCUUCGUCGGCGAAUCCGAGAUCGAGCGGGUUGUUUUCGGCUAUAUCGUCCACCGACCCUGGACCGAAAUCUCCAAGCUCGAAACGGUCGUCUGGGUUUUGGGGCCAGGAGGUGGGGUGGGAUGCCUGUCAUGAGAUUUCUGCCGAGAGCGGGGAGGGGGUGGAGGAGGUUUUUAGGGUCGUGACGAGGAAGCUGGUGGAGAGGGACAGGAAGAUGAGGGCUGAUUUGUUGGCUGCUAGUGGGGGGAGGUUGGAUGGUGGUGGGUAUAUGGGGCCGGAGACGCCUUUUUUCUCAAGUGUGGCUGCUACGGCGGGGACGGAUGAUCAGGAUGGUGGAGGGCAGGGGGGGUAUUUUGAUGCUAGGUUUGGAGUAGGAGGGAAUAGUGGGGGGAGUUUUAGGGUGGGAAGGGAUAGGAGGAGUUGGUUGUUUAGUCCGGGGUUCAGCACACCGGGGUUGGGGACGGGGGAUCAGGGCCAGGGGCAGUAUAUUGAUGGGCAGAGGGGGGGGAGGUGCUGUUAG